AUGUUGCAAUUCUCGAAUAUUACUUAUUUGAAUGCAAAUAAUAUCACUUAUGAAGACUUUGGUCCGCUUUCUAACACCAGUUUAGCGGAUCUCCAGAACGACAACAAUACACAACAACUUCAGAUUCGCUUCAGAGAGAGAAAACGUCAGGAAAGACUGCUUUCAAUUCAGUCACAGAUCCUUCAAAGACUGGGAAUCAGUGGUCGUAAUCCCAACGCAACAAAUGCCGGCUCUUUGAGCGAAGAGGAGAAGGAUCUGAUGAAUCGAGUGGUUCGGGUGUCUGUGCCGACCACACGAACCCGUCUCGAGACAGUGACCGGA